GACGAACAUUGUUUGAGACUGUGGGCUUUCCGUCCCAGAUGACCAUCCCCUCUGCCAUUCCAUUCCUACGUUGACACAUUCAGAGCUAGCCGAGCUAGCUAGGCACCAACAGUUCAACUAGGCAGAGGUAAAACAGGGUGUGUUUCACACAAAUGGCUCAACAUUUACAAUGAAGAAAAUUAAAUCGCCUAUAUCUUUACGACCACUGCGUGCUCAAUGACGGUCUGCCGCGGUCUCAGCGAUUGACAUGGACUCUUGUGAUAAGGAUGUGAAACUGUCAGCCGAAGUGGAGCCGUUUAUCCCACAAAAGAAAGGUCUGGAAGGAGCGCUGGUCACCAUGAGCUUGUCUGGAGGAGAAGGAGGAGGGGGGGUAGAGCCCACCCCAAUCCCCAGCUACCUCAUCACCUGCUACCCUUUUGUCCAGGAGAACCAACCCAACAGACAACAGCACCCCAUGUAUAGCGGAGGAGGGGACCUGCGCUGGCAGCAGCCCAACCCCAGCCCAGGUGGUCCGUACCUAGCUUACCCCAUCCUGUCCUCCCCCCAGCCUCCAGUCUCCAACGACUACACCUACUACCAGAUCAUGCCUGCACCCUGCUCCCCCAUGAUGGGCUUUUACCAGCCCUUCCCAGGAACGUACGCCGGGCCCCUGCAGCCUGGCGUGGUAAACCCUAUAUCAGCUGACGUCAGCGAGAGACCGGCCCCUCUCGGACAGGCGUUUGGACUAGCUAAUCAGAGAGGUGGGAGGGGCAUGGUCAGACCUGCCGUUCUACCCAAGUCUAUGUUCUAUCAGCAGCAGCAGGUGGGGUUGUGUCAGUCCCUGAGGGCCAGAAGGCCCCCCAUGAGGCCUGUAGCUGUCCAGAAGGAGGUGUGUUCCUCUGGGCCAGAUGGACGGACCAAGACAGUCCUACUCGUGGACGCUGCCCAACAGACUGACUUCCCAGGGGACAAUGCGUGUGGUCGUGGUGCGUCGGAGCGGGCCAGCCCCCUGCUGUGGAAGAACCUUCCCCGGAGAAGGCGGGCCUCGCACCCUGCCGAGAGCUCCAGCGAGGCGGACAUCGACAGCGACAGCGGAUACUGCAGCCCCAAACACAACCAGCAGGCCCCGGGGGUUACGCAACACAAUGCCCACGCUGCUAUAGCUCCUACGGUAGGCCCUAACUCUAACCCGGUGGUAGAGCCAACACUAUACUGCUGUUUAGUACUGUGGUGUCCAACACAAUGCCCAUGCUGCUAUAGCUCCUACGGUAGGCCCGAACUCUAACCCGGUGGUAGAGCCAACACUAUACUGCUGUUUAGUACUGUGGUGUCCAACACAACUAUCAGGCCCCGGGGGUUAGGCAACACAAUGCCCACGCUGCUAUAGCUCCUACGGUAGGCCCUAACUCUAACCCGGUGGUAGGCCCAACACUAUACUGCUGUUUAGUACUGUGGUGUCCAACACAAUGCCCA